GCGCCGGAAGAGAAGAAGGUCCUUUUUUCUCUCCCCCAGCCAUCUUGUGGCUUCAUCUCGCGAAGUGUUCGCACCCGAGCCCUCGUAGAAUCGGAGGAAAAUCCUGCUGAAGGGGCGCCAUCAUGCCCGGACAAAUGCAAGAAGGCUUCGGCUGCCCCAUAACCAAUCGGUUCGACCAGUUAUUUGACGACGAAUCGGAUCCGUUUGAGUUGCUGAAGCAAGCAGAGGUGAAGAAGAAGGAGGCUCCUGCUCCCGGUGCCGCCAAGACCGCAGCGCAGCUCGCCAAGCAGCCGAAGAAGGAGUCCCAGAAGGAGAGAAAAGCUCCACUGGCCGACAAGAAGGAGGAGACCCAGGCGCCCGUACCGCUUAAGAAAGAUGGUGCCGGCAUGAGGAGAAUGGGCCGCAAGCCGGACGGCGAAGGCUUCAGACCCCAGGGCGGCCAGGGAGAGGGGCGCCCCCCCACAGACAGGCGGCUUCCGGACAGGCGGCCCCCGCGUCACUUCCAGAAGCCUCUUGGUGAAGCUGGUGACAAGCCUGAGGGAGGCGAAUUCUCAGUGGAGAAACCCAUUGGUGAUAGGCCGAUGAGAGGACGUGGCGGCGGCGGUGGCAGAGGCGCCCCCCGUGGAGGCAGAGGCCGCGGCAUGGGUCGUGGUGAUGGCUUUGACUCCAGAGGAAAACGGGAAUUUGAUAGACACAGUGGCAACGACAAAUCUAGUCUGAAAGGUGAGGAGAAGCGUGGUGGAGGUGGAUCUCACAACUGGGGCACCGUCAAGGAUGAUAUAAACGAGCUUGACCAAUCAAACGUUACUGAAGAGAACCCCGAAGGAGAGGAGCAUCCACCUGCUGACUCUGAGAACAAAAGGGAGAAUGAGGUCGAGGAAGUGAAGGAAGAAGGCCCCAAGGAGAUGACUCUGGAUGAAUGGAAGGCAGUGCAGGACAAGGAGCGGGCCAAGAUGGAGUUCAACAUCCGUAAGGCCAACGACGGAGCUAACUGGAACAAAGGAUUUGUGCUGCACAAGUCCAAGGCAGAAGAGAAGAAAGAAGAGGGGCCUGAGCCUGAGCCUGAGGAGCCCAAGCUUGAUGAUGAGCACCACUUCCGGAAGCCAGCCAAUGACAUCACGUCUCAGCUGGAGAUCAAUUUCGGAGACCUGGGCCGUCCAAGUCGUGGUCGCGGUGGACCACGUGGUGGUCGGGGCGGUCGUGGCCGCGGCGAAAGGGGUGGUGGUCCACCUGGACCUUUGAGGGACGAACCAACUAGGCUGCCCCGUGGACCAAAGCCUGAAAAGCCGUCUGCGUCCGUGCCCAAUGUGGACGACCCAGAGGCCUUCCCAGCCCUGGCUUAAGCCCCGGCUGCUGUCCCUCAGGCCUACAGGAGCCUCCCGAGCACCUCCACUACGAGGCUUGCAUGUUCCUGGAUCCUUCAGCAAAGUGAAAUGAUGGAGAAGACUGUCAUUAACUAUGGCACUCAAAGUGAGGACUGAGUUUUACCCAAUAAAAACAAAACGAAGAUGGGGAAAAAAAGAAAAAACAGAAAUUAACAAAAAAAGAAAAAAAAAAAGAAAAGGACUUCUUGCUACUCUGGAGCAACUUAUUGGUAGAGGUUUUGUACUUGGAAACAAAGUAGCAGGGAUGUUUUCAUACAGUAUUUUUUUCAGAGGUUAUGCAUUGUCCAUUGAUAAAUUUUUGUAAUUGCUGCUUGAAUAUAUGCAUUUGGAAAUGUAAGCAUAAGAAGGGUGUCUUAAGCUUGGUGUGAGCCAUUGCUUGCUCGCUUUGAAAUAGGCACUACGGAGCUCUUAACACAUAAGCUCUGCCACACCAAGUAUUUCUGAUGAAGUUACAGCUUCACUCAUUAAGAUUUAUGGAUUUUAUUUUUUUUUCUUUAGCACUGGGGUAUUGUUUUAUAUUUUAUACAGAAGGUCUAUUCUUCUAUGAUCUUCGGCCUGUAAAUCUUAAAUAUUUUCAUAAAUUCUUUCAGAGACUGUAUUUCACAUGGUGCAAAAUAGGACACACCUUGAUCUUUUGAUCAAGCGUCCCUGCCUACAUUUGAAUGCAUUGAUGAAAUGGCGCCUAAAAAAAUCUGGUUCUUUUGUACUGAAAUGUUCUAAAGGACGAACAUUUGAGGAACACAUUGGGGAUUACUCUCCUAAAUUUGCAUUGAUCCUGAGAUAUUUGUCAAGUGGAUUAAUUUGAAGCUGAAAGUUACUCCCAUGUGUUCUGAUUUUUGAUGUAUUUUUGGGGUGCUAAUCAACAUCUAAUAUCUCCUCCUCCCCGCCCAUUUCAUCUUUGAUUACCAGCCAUGUGCAAGUCAAUUAAUGCCUUUGUUUUUACUCUAAAGAGUGAUAUAUAUAUAUAUAGAGAGAGAGAGCGAGGAAGUGUCUUUACGCAGUUGAGAUGUGGCUGUAGUCUUCUGGAGGCCCUCAGACCUUCUCCGACUGUUUACACACUCCACUCGAGCAUCCUUCCACAGAUGUAAACUCAGCCCAGCUUCAGUUUGUUUUUUGCAGUCUGUUCUGUGCUGAUCUUUUCCUCCACUGUUGACUUGCCCUGUAGUUUCCACAGUGGCACCACUGCAUAAUUGCUCUGAAAGAAAUACAGUCGUUCAUUGUGUGGAACAACUGAAGUGCUCCGCAAAUGUGUGAAUUCUAGCCCUGCUAUUAGAGACCUCUGUCGGUAAAUAAAGAUGGUCGAUAAAUCUUU